AUGUUAGAGAAUCAGUCUGAUAAGAAGCCUACUGCUUCAGCCACUAAAGUGAGAGAAGCAAAGAAAAGAAGGGUGACACUAAAUUCACCGUCAAGAUCAAUCUUAGAGGUGAGAAGCAUUUCAUCAUCAUCAAAAUCAGUCCCUCAUGAUCUUAUAUUUGGUAUAUUCACAAGACUUCCAGUCAAAUCUCUUAUUCGAUUCAAGUGUAUAGCCAAAUUUUACUCCACUACCAUAACUAACCCAUCAUUUGCACUUGUGCAUCAACCCUAUCUCGAGCCAAAACCAAGCCUCCUCUUCACUUGCUCCACCAAACAUCAGUCAACACAGAUCUUCUUUGCGGUGAGUCAAAAUGGUAAUCGAGCCACUCAUUUAUUAACUAUCCCUCCUCGUUUUUCUCGUUAUACCACACAAUCAGUUAAUGGUAUAUUGUGCAUGGAUUUUGGCAUUUGUGCAACAAUUUGCAAUCCUAGCACAAGGCAAGCCAUUAGUCUCCCAUUCCCCUUUCCAAAGAACUCAUUCAUUGCUUCCACCACCAACUUUUAUGUAAACUUUUUGGGGUUCAAUCCUAAUGAUAAGCAGUACAAGGUCUUGAACUCAUGGGGGAAUUAUAAAAUGGGUACUACGGAAUAUAUGGUUUUCACAUUAGGGACAAAGAAAUGGCGACGAGUGCAUGGUGGCCCUAAUUACUUUGCUCAAAGGGAAAGCAUUUGCAUAAGUGGGAUUAUCUUCUUUAGGAGUUGGAUGAGCUUAGGAACCAUUAAUCAAGUGGCGGCUCUAGUUUCUUUUGAUGUCCAAACUGAAAGUUUUCGAGUGAUCAAUCUUCCUAGAGGUGCACCACACAAUGUAGAUACAUCUUGUUUGAUUCAACUGGAAGGGCGUUUGGUUAUAAUUGAUUACCGACUUGAUCGUGAGCAUUAUUGUUUGUGGCUACUAGAGGACUACUGUAAUGAGAUUUGGGCCAAGCGUUACAUCACCUUUCCAUCAUAUUUGGAGAAAAGAAUAACUGGACUCAACUUUGUUGUUUCAGGAACCAUUGAUACAGGUGAGAUUACAAUGGCAGCUCAAUGCUUAUCCACACCAUUUUCACCCUUUACUGUGUUUUACUAUAAUCCAUCAAGAGGUAAUUUUAGGAGAGUCGGAAUAUUUGGUCUGCCUAAUUAUAAUGCUUUUAAUAUGUCUUGCAAUUAUGUCACAGUCACUAAUUAUGUCGAGAAUAUCUUGCCUUUAUGUCAACAAGCUAGCUAG